CUUGCAUUGUGCCAGUUCCGACGUUUGCAUCAAGCGAAGUGCUACACAAUGACGAUUCUAUGCUGCAUGUGCGGGGUAUCCAUCGAGUCUAACUUGGCCAAUAUGUGCGCGCCGUGCUUGUCGACUGAAGUCGACAUUGCGGAAGGCAUUUCGAAAGAGUGCACGCUGAUUCAAUGCAGUGGGUGCUUGCGUUUCCAACGAAGCACGGGGGCAAAGGGGACAAACGGAAUCUUUGCGGAAUGCCCGUUGGAGUCCCUCGAUCUCAUGGCGCUGUGCUUAAAGAAGAUCCACGGUCUCAACCGGGAUGUCAAGCUCGUCGACGCGAGUUUCAUCUGGACUGAGCCGCACAGCAAACGCAUUAAGCUCAAACUCACGAUUCGCAAGGAGGCCAUUCGCAAUGCGAUCCUCCAAAAGUCGUUCAUUGUGACGUUCGUGGUGGAGAAUCUCAAGUGUGCGGACUGCUCCAAACAGUACAACAACUCGACGUGGAAAGCUGUGGUCCAGAUCCGACAAAAGGUGCCGCACAAACGAACUUUCUACCACCUCGAGCAAAUCAUCCUGAAGCAUGGGGCCCAUACCCGCGCGAUCGGGAUGACCGCCGAGAAAGACGGGAUGGACUUUUUCUUCAACGAAAAGAACAGCGCAGAACGGUUCGCCGCGUUCCUGAGCCAACAUGUGCCUACAAGAACUAAGUCAGCGCGGAAGUUAAUCUCGUCCGACAACCAUAAUAACACGGCCAAUGUCAAGCUAACGGUGAACGUCGAGCUGGCGCCUAUUUGUAAGGACGACCUUGUCAUUCUCGAUAAGCGGCUCUCUCAAAUUUGCGGCUCCAACCUCGUCCUCGUUACUCGGGUCACAACUCAGAUCCACAUCCUCGACCCUCUCUCCGGCCGCCGCGCUGAGAUCCCGUGCGAUCGGUACUGGAAGACUCCGUUUGAAGCGCUCGACAGUGCGUCGUCCAUGGUGGAGCUCGUCGUGCUCAACGUCGAAUUGGUUGACGAACCACAUCGCCACAAACCAUCCGCCGAGAUGGUGAAGGAGGCAUCAGCGCCCCACGCUGCUGGUGCACCUGAGGACCUCAUGGCAGUUGUCGAAGUCGCUCGCGUGUCGGACUUUGGAAUCAACGACACGACGUUUUCCGUGACCACCCAUCUCGGUCGGUACCUGUCGGCGGGAGACUUUGUCAAGGGCUACGACUUGAGUCGUUGCAACUUUGGGACGCAGCAACUGUACUACCUCGAGUCGGACCUCCCUGACAUCCUUCUCGUCCGACGCGUGUACCCGAAGAAGGACGCCGGGGACCAGAAACAGAGCAAAAAGGGCACUCGACGGAAGUCCAUGUUGGCUCGCGGCGGGAAGGACAAGGACAUUGAACGAGAGGAGGCCGAAUACGAGGCAUUCAUGGACGACUACGAAGAGGACGAAGAAGCUGCUGCGGGCGACGAUCAUGACGUUGCUCUUUCUGUUCACGACAGGAUCGACGAAACUAGCGAGGCGUUGGCACGUGUGGUGGUCCAUGAGUAGUUAGUUUGUAUCCACUGUUGGAUAGCCUGUAAGCUUCGGAAUCUUCUUGGACGGAAGGCUGCAUGCACUGCUCCAAAAAUCAAGGAUGACGCGCUGCGCUGACAAAGCGACGAUGCCUUGGUGACCAAGGUAAUAAUAAUGAUGAAAAGCGUUCGUUUUUGCAA